AUGUUCGACGCUGAAGGGCAGUAUAACAACGGUGCAUGGGAGCGCCAUCUGCGUGGAAUCUUCUGGAUCCAGCGGUCACAGAACAACAAUGGUGAAUGCAAGGAUCCACUCCGGAGAGCAGCGUGGUGGAGCUGGAUCCGUCAGGACUCUUGGGUCGCAUUUCGCGAGGGCCGCCGAGUUUUGACUAUUUGGAGGCCGCUUCAACGGCUAGAUGAUCUUACGCCUGAUGAGCUCUGUCUUAGGAUCAUCUACAUUUGCGGAAGAUGCGUCGACUUUGCUUCCGCCGAGUCAGUGAAGAAGUACGACGUGGGUACUCGAGUAGAUCAGGGCAAGAAGCUCACUCAGGCCUUGAACGACUGGUACAGUAUGCUUGGAUCUUCGUUUCAGCCAAUAUACAAACCCGCAUUACCGGCACCAGACACCUUCUUCUCGCCAAUAUGGAUCCAUCCUCCAUCGCACGCGGCUGCGAUACAGACGUUCCACUUCUCCCGUAUCAUUGUUACUAUCAAUGAGCCUUCCCCAGGCGGUAUGGAAGACAUGCAUCACCGCCAACGUCUCUUAGACAAUAGCGUGGAAACCAUCUGUGGGAUUGCCAGUACGCAUCAAGGCAAAGAGAUCCCAAGCGCUAUGAUCAACGUGAAGGCUUUAUACGCAGCUGGUCUUGCUGUGCGAGACCCUGUCAAACGAGCAGCCGUUGUUCGUCUCCUGGAUCAAACACUCGAAAUCACCAAGUUCCCCCAAAGAGCCUUCUACAAGAUCUGGCACGAUAUUGGCAAACAGAACAAUAGAUUCGAGCUUAUUUGCUAA